GAGAGAGAUCGUGAGAGAAGGCCGCCGGGGAUGCGUCGCUGCUGGGGGCCCUGCGUGGCGGCGCGGCGGCUCUUCCUCCCCGGCGCUUCCGGCGGGCCGCGGCCUAGCGCCGUCGCCAUGGCGACCGAGGCCUGCCCGGGCCUAGCCGGCGUGGAGGAGGCGCUCCGCCGCGCCGUCCCGCCGCUGCCGCCGUACGAGACGAGGGAGAAAGCGGCGGGGCCGGAAAUGAAUGGAGUGCUAAAAAACAUGCUGUCGGAAUGGUUCUCUGCCGGAUUCCUAAACUUGGAGAGAGUCACGUGGCAGUCGCCUUGCGAAAUCCUUCAGAAGAUUAGUGACAGUGAAGCUGUGCAUCCUGUUAGAAAUUGGAUGGAUAUGAAGCGCCGAGUCGGGCCUUAUAGAAGGUGCUACUACUUCGCUCACUGUGCGAUUCCCAGCGAGCCCUUGAUAGUUCUGCACGUGGCGCUUACGGAUGAGAUCUCCAGCAGCAUCCAGGGCAUAGUGAAAGAGAUUCCUUCCCAAGAAGUGGAGAACCUGAACAAAAUCAAUACAGCCAUUUUCUAUUCCAUCAGCUUGACUCAGCCGGGCCUGCAGGGUGUAGAGCUGGGGACGUACCUCAUCAAACGAGUUGUUAAGGAACUUCAGAUUUUUCCGGGCUGUCUAUGGCGCCUUAACUGGAUGGCGGACACGAGCCCUCGCGGCAUCACGGCUUCCUGCGGCAUGAUGGUCAACUAUCGCUAUUUUCUGGACGACUCGGCUCAGAACAGCGCCACGUACCUCGGAGCUAAGCAGAUCAAAGCCUCGGAACAGAUCCUCAGCUUGGUGUCUCAGUUUCAGCAGAACAGCAAGCUUUGAAUAAACAGGGCAGCCUUAAGGAGCAAGUAUCUACUUAAUUAAAUGGGAGAUUCUUUAAAAGAGAGGGAGAGAGAGAGAGGGAGAGAGAGAGAGAGAGAGAAAAACGCUGCCGAUAAAUCAGCAGGGGUUCCCCCCCCCCCUUUAGCUGCGGCAGGGUUCAGUAUUGAGCUCUCAGGCCAUGUUCUUUGCCCGGGACAUCCUUUGCCAGAGAGGGAGGGGAGAGAACUCGAUUCGUUGAAGGCCGUACUUCCAACAAACACGUUGGGUAAACUCUCCUCGGUGAAGCGGCGAGCCAGGAGUGACUCCCGUGAACCGCAUGUUGUCCCUCGCCUCGCUCGCCGGAUCAAUACCCUUGUUUAAUCCUCGUCUUCAAAGGAACUGUGGAACACCUGAGUGCUCUGGCACAUUAAAGGGAACGGUAAAUCAAUACCGAAGUUACCGAGAUAAAAGGGGAUGAGGAAGGGAAGGCUUUUUGUCCAAACGCACAAACAAAACAGCCUCCCCUCUCCCUUCCCCAAUAAGGUAUUGGUUUUAUAGACUGUUCUCUGUCAAAUCUCUUGAUCAUGCCGUGCAUUUGCACAGAGUAUGGGAAUCACCAUCACUGACUUAUCGCUCUGCUCUGGCACAGCAUGGAGAACACCCUGUGCGUGUUUUUUUGGCUCCGUCUCAAGUCAGCAGAUGCAGAUGCAUGGAACGAAGCGCCUUCAGCUUUUCAGUAGCUCUGCUGUACUGCUUCAUGCGCUAAAUGGACAGCUCAAAAACAAAGGUGGGGGAGGGCAUGUGGGGUUUGCAACGAAAGGCUCCGUAGCAUUUCCACAGGCUGCUUUAAAAUCAAAAUGGCGGCUUUAAAACUUGCUGUUUGGUUUUUAAAAAAAUGCAAAAGUAAUAUAUUAAAAAGUGC